GACAGGCCUCCUCCUCCCCCGCCGCUGCCUUGCGUGACUCGUUACGUGCGUGACGCCGCACCACCUCCUCCCCUCGCUCUCCUCCCUUUGUGCGGUUUUGACAAGCCCCUUCUCGACCAGGACAGGAACCCGCAGAGAUCAUGGCCGCUCCUCCCACUUACGUUGACCUUGGAAAGUCUGCCAAGGAUGUCUUUACCAAGGGAUACGGCUUCGGGGUCAUCAAGCUGGACUUGAAAACAAAGUCAGAGAACGGACUGGAGUUCACCAGCACCGGCUCCGCCAACACCGAGACCAGCAAGGUCACCGGAUCCCUGGAGACCAAGUACAAGUGUGCGGAGCACGGACUGACCUUCACGGAGAAGUGGAACACGGACAACACCCUGGGCACCGAGAUCACCAUCGAAGACCAGUUGGCUAAGGGGCUGAAGCUGACCUUCGAUUCCUCCUUCUCGCCAAACACCGGCAAGAAGAGUGGCAAGGUCAAGACGGGCUACAAGUGCGACCACAUCAACCUCGGCUGCGACGUCAACUACGACAUCAACGGGACGGCCAUCCACGGGGCGGCCGUGGUGGGCUACGAGGGCUGGCUGGCCGGCUACCAGACCACCUUCGAGGCCGGAAGGAACCGGAUCACCCAGAGCAACUUCGCUGUGGGGUUCAAGACGGACGAGUUCCAGCUGCACACCAACGUAAACGACGGCACAGAGUUCGGCGGCUCCAUCUACCAGAAGGUGAACGAGCAGCUGGAGACGGCCGUCAACCUGGCCUGGACCGCCGGCAACAGCAACACCCGCUUCGGCAUCGCCGCCAAGUACCAGAUUGAUGCAGACGCGUCCUUCUCUGCCAAGGUGAACAACUCCAGCCUGGUGGGCCUCGGCUACACUCAGACCCUGAAGCCAGGCAUCAAGCUGACGCUCUCCGCUCUCCUGGACGGCAAGAACAUCAACGCCGGCGGCCACAAGCUCGGCCUCGGCCUCGAGUUCCAGGCGUAAGGGGGACGAGGCCGACGCCCACCCCGACCCCCCCAAACCCCGACCCAACACUCCAGUCCUCCUGGCACACAUGCAUUCCCCACCAGAGAAUUCCAAAUCCUCAAUAGAUUGGCCCUCACAGCGCCCCCCCCCCGCCCCCCCUCCCCACACACACACACACACACACACACACACACUCUGUCCUCUAGACACACUACAGCUGGAGCCGAGACAGAACCACUUUUAAAGGGACAUAAUAUUUUGAAGCUUAAAGACUUCUGAACAAAACCGUUUCGAAAGGAAGUUUGACCUCGAUUAGCGUAGCUCGCCACGCGAGUAGCGCGGCGCUGAGCAAGGUCACAUGUCUCCUCACUACUGCUUUAACGUGGAUCGGAGGGGGGGGGGGGAAGGGAGUGGUUAGAGUGGAGUGGCGUAGUUCCACCACCAGAUGGCGCUAGUGGCGCCGUAGAGCCCUCCUCGCUUAGUGUCUGUCCUGAUGCGUUUUCCAGCAGGAGGGGUUAGUGGUCCCAGAUGUUAGCAGCUGCUGUUAGAUCACAGAGACACUACACCCCCCCCCCCCCCCUCGAUGGGGACAGCUCUGUGUUAUUGUCUCACUCGUUUAAUUCUUUUUGUGUUUGUCUGUGUAUUUGGUGUGAAAAGUAUUUUUUUUUUGUUACAUGUAGUAAAAAAAAGAAUAAUUUUAUUGAGAGUCGGGCAUAGUUUAAUCCACAUGUGAAGUCUUACGAAGGCAGAGAGCAAAGGGAAAGGAGAGCUAAUCAUGCACACAGUCCCACUCCUCUGAGUCCUCCUUUACGGGAGGAGGAGAAUAGUUCUGCUGGUGGACGGGAGAUGGUGGUCUUCCUGGUGAUGGGGAUCAUGCAGAGACCUUGACAGUAGUUUUUCCCUGAAUUAAAUAAAGAGCAUCUUGAACCAGC